UCUCCGCGGCGGCGGGUCGCGUGUCCAGCGCGUGCUACUCUGCCACGCUGCCCGCGCGCGUCUCCGGCGGCACAGCCCCGGCCCUCUUCUCGCUGCCUGGCCUCUGUUUCCCCUUCGGACGCUGCCAUCCUGUUGCGGCCUGCGCAGCUACACCGGGCCUCAGACGGCCGCGGCCGGCGGGAAGCGGAGGGCUUCCUGUCGCGGCAGCCGCGGCAGGUGAGGGGCCGGCGGCGUCGGCGGCGCCAGGACUUGUCAUGGAAUCUUUAUCUCCAAACUCAACAGGCACAACUUCUGCCAGAACUGUGUGAUAACCAAAAGCAACAAUUCCUGGGAAAGCAUUUGAGGACCUACUUCUUCAUGGUAUAAUUCUAGAGACCUGUAAAUGUUUCCAAGGACAAUGAAAGUGAAUAUACCUCCUGUUUUGGUGUCAUUUGAAGAUCUGUCCGUGGACUUCACCUGGGAGGAGUGGCAGGACCUGAACACUGCCCAGAAAAUCCUGUACAGAGAUGUGAUGCUGGAGACCUAUAGCAAUCUGCUAUCCUUGGGACACUGCAUUAGCAAACCUGACUUGAUUCUCAAGUUGGAACAAAGAGCAGAGCUGUGGAUGGUAGAAGAACACCCAAACCAGAGCCGAGUUGCCCAGAAAAGGGAUGACCUGAUUGGGACCAACCAGGAAAGUCAAGAAAUAAAUUUGAAGCAACAUGUAAUCAGAAACAAUAACACAUCAACUAACAAGGGAAUUGAAUUGAAAAAUACACUUAAUUUAACCUCACACCAUAUUCCCAAACUGAUUAUCAAAAAGGAAAACUUUUCGGGAGUAAAAUCCAAAGCAUGCAAUAUAUUUCAAAAUGUGCAUUUCCCUAGCGGUCCUGAUGAGAUGCAAGUAUACAAUAAGAAAUCUUAUCUCAAUAAGCAACAAGAAACCCACAGAGGAGAGAAAUCCUAUGAAUCUGCUGAGUAUGAGGGACCUCUUAUUUCUAAAUCAGAUCUUACAAUAAAUCAGAGUAAACACAAAGGGAAUAAAACCUAUUCUUGUAAACCCUGUGGGAAAUAUUUUAGCUGUAAAUCAUGUCAUGCAGUCCAUCAUAGAACUCAAAUUGGAGAAAAUCCUCAUGUGUGUAUUGAAUGUGGAAAAAUCACUUACCAGAAGUCAGAGCUCAUUAGAAAUCCGAGAACUCCCACAGGGGAGACACCUCUUGAAUGUAAUGAAUGUGGAAAGGCCUUUAGCAAGAGGUCCAUUUUCAUUAGGCAUCUGAGCAUUCACACAGGGGAGAAACCUUAUGAAUGUAAUGAAUGUGGAAAAUCCUUUGGCCGGAAGGCACAUCUCAUAAGACAUCAGAGAAUUCACACAGGGGAAAAACCUUAUAAAUGUAAUGAGUGUGGAGAAGCUUUUUGUUAUAAGAUAUCCUUUAUUAUGCAUCAGAGCUUCCAUACGGGGAUGAAACCCUAUGAAUGCAAUGAGUGUGGAAAAGGCUUUUACCAGAAGUCGUACCUCAUAGCACAUAAGAGAAUUCACACAGGGGAGAAACCUUAUAAAUGUAACCAGUGUGGAAAAGCCUUUACUCAUAAGUCACUUCUCAUAACACAUCAGAGAAUUCACACAGGGGAGAAACCUCAUGAGUGUAAUGAGUGUGGAAAAACCUUCUGCUUGAGGUCAUACCUCAUUAGACAUAAAAGAAUUCAUACAGGGGACAAACCUUACCAAUGUAGUGACUGUGGAAAAACCUUUUUUUGGAAGGCAGAGCUAGUUGACCAUCAGAGAAUUCACACAGGGGAGAAACCUUAUGAAUGUAACGAGUGUGGAAAAGCUUUUUGCCGGAAUUCCUACCUCAUUACACAUCAGAGAAUUCACAAGGGUGAAAAAUUAUUUGAAUGUAAAGAAUGUGGAAAAGGCUUUUGGAAGAGAUCAGUAUUUAUUAGACAUCAGAGCACACACACACUGGAGAAACCUUAUGAAUGCAAUGAGUGUGGAAAAGCCUUUCACCAGAAAGUAUUCCUUAUGAGACAUCAGAGAAUUCACACAGGGGAGAAGCCUUAUGAAUGCAAUGAGUGUGGAAAAGCCUUUCACCAGAAAGUAUUCCUUAUGAGACAUCAGAGAAUUCACACAGGGGAGAAGCCUUAUGAAUGUAAUGAGUGUGGAAAAGCCUUUGGCCAGAAGACACACCUCAUUGCACAUCAGAAAACUCACAGACCAAUGAAACUUCAAGAAUGUAAUGAGUGUGGAAAAGUCUUUUGGUGUCCGUCAGAUCUUGUGAAACAUCAGCGAAUUCACAAAGGUGGAAAAUGUUUCGAAUGUAAUGAAUGUGGAAAACCAUUUAGCCAGAAAGGACACCUCAUUAGGCAUCAGGCAAUUCACACAGGGGAGAAACCAUAUGAAUGUGAUGAUUGUGGAAAAGCUUUUUUCCGGAAGUCACACCUCAUAAGACAUCAGAGAAUUCACACAGGGGAGAAACCUUAUGAAUGUAAUGAGUGUAGGAAAGCCUUUUCCCAGAAGUCACACCUGAUAUCACAUCAAAGAGUUCACAAAGAGAAACCUUAUUAAUGUAUUGAAUAUGGAAAAAUAUUUCCUUAAAGUGAAUCCUGAUUAUGCAUCAUAGACAUUGCAAGGAGAAACAUGAAUCUAGUGAAUGUGGAAAAUGUUUUCCAGAAAUUUGAGCCUCAAAAAAGCAUAGAAUUUACAAAGCAGGGAAACAUUUUGAAUACAAUUAACGUGAAAAAAGAAUUUUUCAGAAUUCAGUUUGACAAGUGUGAUGAUAAAGCAAAUAGGAGUGGAGGGAGUCUUACUGGUAUAAUGAAUGUAAAACAUGUAGUUUUCCAACAAUGUUUUCCACACAUCAAGGGGCUCAGAGAUGAGAACCAUGCACAUGUAGAAUUUCCUACCAUAAUUAAUUUCUUUCUGUCAGAUAAUUUAGAAAGCUGAAAACCUGUAUGAAUGUAAUGAAAGUAGCAAAACCUUUGUUGCAAGGCAAACAAACAAAUGUCAGCACAAUCACAGAGAAAACCCUUUGAAAAUGUCAUGUGUGGAAAAAGCCCUUUGCUGGAAUCACCUCAGCUGGUAUUAGGGAAUUCAUGUGACAGAAUUAUCCUGUGUGACAAAGACUGUUUUCUUCAAAAACAUUUUGUCCUAUUUGACGUAGAAUCUAUUUUUGCUUUCACCUUAUUUUGAAUAGUAGCAUGUAAAUGAACUGCUUUGACAAAUAAAUACUCUUACCAGAUAUUCUGUGUCUAGCAA